AUAUGCGUGUUCGAGGUGCUUCACCUUCGCCAUUCAAACAAAGCCACACGGAACCCAAACCCACCAUUGUUUCCCUCUCCUCUUCUUCUCUGUCUUCUUCCCCAUCUCUCUCUUCUGUUCCUGAAUCUCUGGAACAAUGUCUUUAAUGGCGGUUUCUGCAAAUGGGCAUUCCUUAAACCUUUCUAUACCUACGCCUUCUGUCUUCCAUCGGAGACCCUCGAGACUUUCCAAUUGCUUCAAUGCGCGAGGAACUGUUUUGUACGGUAAAGAAGAGAGCUUACUCGUGUCACGUCUCUUCAAGCCUUGUUCUUACAGAACAAGAAGCUUUCGGCGAGAAAAUGCUGGAAAAAGCGAAGCUGCUGAGCCUCGGGACACUGAAGAUGAGAAAACAAAGGUUGCUGAGAUUCUGAGAAGCCAAAAGAUGGGAGCUUCUGAGAAGGGUGUUUCGUUUCUGACAAAGUUAGGUAUCGUGUUAGGGUUAGCCGCAGCCAUUACAAUAGUAUGUGUAAGCUUGAAAGGCCCUGGUCUCGGUUCACCAAUUGAAAUCCAAAGUUUGGCCAAAGGUUCUUCCUCUUCAGCAUUAGCCUCCUCGUCCUCCUCCACCGGGUUUACAUUCCAGGCUUUUGGAUACAGAUUCAUACUUCCGGAAUAUGCACCAGGAUGGGUUUACUUUUGGUUGCUAAUGGCAGCUGGCUGUGGGCUUUUCAUCAGUGAAGAGGCUCUAAAUAUAUGGGUUGGAAUAACACUGGCUCGGCUGUUAACUCUGGACGGAACAUGGCAAUCAUUCGCUGAAUCUUUCUCCAGAAACGCUCCUUACAUAGUCUCUACUGUGUUGUGGGUUUACUGGGGAGUUUGUAUAAGCGAUAUGAUACCGUUUUACCUGGGAAAGCUUUUCAGACAAAGUGGAGCACCAGAGGAUGUUUGUUCAAAGUUGGGAGUCGGAAACGAGAAGGCAUUGAGUAUUACUCAAGCUGUCCAGAAGUAUGGCAACCUUUCGGGUUUCGUGGAACGGUUUUCGCUCGGGGUAAGGAAUCCUACAGCUUUCCUUGCCGGGGCUCUGGGAAUAUCUCCGGAAUGCUUCUUUGCUGGAGUUUGCUGCGGCGGAUUGAUCACUCUUCCUGUUCAGCUCGGGCUCGGGUUUCUCCUCAGAGAACGCCCGGUUUUCGCUCUUGCAACGGUUGCAACAGCAGUGGGAAUAUGGACCAUCUUUCCGUACGCAAUGGCUGCUUCCGCGGCGGGUUUUCUCUUCCUCCGCCGACAUGCCCUUUCACUUGCUCUCUUUCCAAGUCGAUUAAAGUAA